GGGAAAGAGGCCGGCGGCUGCCCGAGGGAAGCGCCGUUUCCAGGGAGUAGGCGCCGAGGAAGGAGCAUGGGGGCCGCCGGGGUGCUGCGGGCCGCCCUCUGGGGCCUGCUCUUCCCGCUGAUAAGUGCCCAAGAGGGACUCCUUCAUGCUUUUAGUAAUGACAAUCCUCUAUUAAAAAAGGACUACUGCAUAAUGUAUAAUUCUUUUUGGACCUCUCUUCCUAGUUCAUUAAGUAAUGCUACUCCUACAAGACUGGUAAUCUUCACUCCCAAAAUGCUCUGCAGUUCUUCUGAUGUUCCACAUCAUAUCGCGAAGGACAAGGCAAUUGUAGUGAAGAGGGGAAACUGCACUUUUUUGGAGAAGGCAUGGAUCGCUCAAAACCUGGAUGCUAAAAUACUGCUGAUUGCCAGCGAAACUGGUCUAACUACUCCUGGCGGUGACAAGAGCACAUAUAAGAAUCUCAGCAUUCCAAUUGUAGUUAUGUCUUAUGUGGAUGUUUUUGACAUUAGUAAGAGUCUUGGAAAUAAUGUUAAUGUGACACUAUACUCACCACCUUCGCGAGAGUUUGACUUCAGUAUGGUGAUUAUAUUUCUAAUUGCUGUGCUCACUGUGGCAGUGGGAGGCUUUUGGAGUGGAAUGGAAGAGCUAGAGGAACUGAAGGCAGCUGCAAGCUCUGAAAACCCAGGAGUUUCAAGGAAGAAUUCAGAAACUAUCCUUUUUGGCCCUGUGAAAAUUAUCAUAUUUGUUGUCUUCUCUUGCAUCAUGUUAGUCUUGAUGUACUAUUUCUACAUAUGGCUAGUUUAUGUCAUUAUUGCUAUUUUCUGCUUGGGAUCUGCAACAAGCUUGUACUGCUGUCUCGCUGUACUAAUACAGAAAAUACCUUUUGGACGAUGCAGGCUUGCCUGCUGCAACACAACCUUUGAAGUGAGGCUCAUUUUCCUUGCUGGAUUUUGCGUAGCGGUAGCUGCAGUUUGGGUAGUGUUUCGGAAUGAAAACAGCUGGGCUUGGAUUUUACAAGAUAUCUUGGGAAUUGCUUUCUGCCUGAACUUUAUUAAAGUUCUCAAAAUACCCAACUUCAAGUUAUGUGUUCUUCUCCUAGGUCUUCUCCUUGUCUAUGAUGUAUUUUUUGUCUUCAUCACACCAUACCUCACUAAAAGUGGGGAAAGUAUAAUGGUUGAAGUUGCAGCAGGUCCUUUUAAAAACAGUGAAAAGAAUUAUGGAAACUUGGUGGAAGCCUCUGCUGAGCGGUCAGCUCCUCAUGAGAAAUUGCCAGUGGUCAUGAGGGUGCCCAGGUUCCAAUUCUGUACACCGAAGAUAUGUGGCAUGCAGUUUUCGUUACUUGGGUUUGGUGACAUUAUUUUACCAGGUGUCCUGGUGGCCUAUUGUCACAGGUUUGAUGUUCAGACAAGCUCUUCCUCUGUGUACUAUAUUUCCUGCUGUAUAGGCUAUGCUGUUGGCAUGUUGCUCACGUUUGUGGUUCUGUCACUGAUGAAGAUGCCGCAACCAGCCCUUCUUUGGUUGGUGCCGUGCAUCCUUAUCACCAGUGCGCUAGUGGCUUGGAAGCGCAAAGAGAUGAAAAAGUUCUGGGAAGGCAACAGUUAUCAGGUGAUGGACCCUGCGGAUUGUGCUACUACUGAAGAAAACUCCACGCUCUCCAGUGAACGAUGUGGAGGAGAGUAACUGGGCACCCAAAAUAAUCCUAUGAAGACUUUUGUAUGCAAAUAACAGAAAACUUGUUUGAUUUUUAAAUCUGAGUAUUUCUUACAAUUUAUUACAAAAAAAAUUGCCUUGUUUUUACACUUGCACAUAUAUUUUUGUGAAAAGGAUACCAUUAUUGACGCUAUCAGAAUGCUUAAAAUAUGCUUGUUUUUCAACUGGUGGGAUAUAUUCCAUAUACCUGUGCCUUGCCUCACUGUCAAAGAGAGUUGCCUAUGAAAUAGUGUUUUCACAUAUCAUCUCAGUUGCUGCCAUGUAUCAGGCUUCUUGACUAAUAUUUAAAAUAUUUUUUGCUGCAGGCUGGCAAGAUCUAGAAGCCACUCACAGAGUUUCUGGCAUUAAAUGCAAUAUUAUGCUUUGGAAUAUAGGCAACGAUUCAACUGUAUGAAACCCUGGAUUGCCAGGAAUUCAGAAAAUGGAGGAGAGAUGGGUGGUUUAUUUUGCCAUAACUUUGUUUCAACCCAGUUCAUACACUCUCCUGUCAAGCAGCUUUAUUUUUUUCCUACCCAGUUGCAUGAAGACCAAGCACUUUUUAUCUAUCCAUUUGCAUACAGACUGAGCAGUUUAAUAAUAAGCACACACCCAGUAGAUGAUAACAAAGAAAACAGACAUUUGUUUUUGUUUUUAAAAACAGAAUUCCGGUGGUAGGGGUUCAUAAAUGUUGCUAUGCUGUUUAGCUCCUACUUUACCAGAGGUGCAGUGAGGUCACCUGUUGCUACAAAUAAAGGGCUUCCCUUUUCUGGAAUUUGGAGAAAGAUUUAUUUUUUUUUAAUCAUAGUAACUCCUGUAAAUGAACAUAUCCAUGGAAGCUAAAGCCAGGCCUCCUUUUUACAUUUUUCUUGCUAUUAUUUUGCAUGUUCUUGAUUACAUUUUUAAGCAUCUGGUAAAGAAAAUAAAUUAUUAUUGUGGAUUUAAAAAAGAUUUAGUAACUGACAAAAUGUUUUCAGGGGUUUUUUUUUGGGGGGGGGGGAAUGGAAGUACAGAAAAAGCACAAGGAAUUGUGUACCAGAUCUUUUAGAGCAGUAACAUGUUUUAAGCCAAAGAUAUUGGGAACAUCCUGCAAACAGCUAACUGUUAGUAGUGCCUUAGUCCAACAGCAGCAGCACCUUCCAUCCCUGCUUUUUAAAAUAUAUAUUUCAGUACUAGUAGCAGAGAUAGAUCAAUAAUCCAAAGAUCAGAUUCCAUGAGUGAUACUAGUCAGACUCUUAAGUGGACCAGAUUGCAAGGUGGCCUCAAUUCUGCAAUGAGAGGGGAAAGGGGGAGGGAUGGGGCAUAGUUUUCUAACCUCCUUAAGUAUAGGGGCAACCCCUAUGUUUUGGUAAGCAGUUUCCAGUGAGGGAUCUGUCCUCUGGUGCUCACCAACCUGUACAUGUGGGAGAUGCCUCUGAAGUAACCACGGCUACGAAGCAGCAGUUAAAUCUGGUAGCUGACUGAAAAGUGUUGCAUGCCUGAGAAACUUGAAGUGACAGCCAUCAAGCUGUCACAUCCUAGCACCAAACAUGAGGCAUCUGUUUCAGGUUAUUCUUUAGACAACGCAAACUACUUCAAAUGCUGGCAGAUAGCAAAUCUGUCUAGUUUAAUCUUACAUUUCUAAGCCAUGUCAGAUUGUAUUUUGGAAGGGAUCCAGUGGAGGAAAUAUUUGGCAAAAUGCUUAUCAACGUAUAAAGGCGUCUGUAUUGCUUAAGCUUUGAUGAAUAUUCUGGGAGUUGUACUGUAAUUGAUUUAGAAGAUGGUAAAAAACUACAGCAGUUGCUUGGGUUAUUAAAGAAAUGUUAAAAGUUCGUUUAGCAUCAUCUACUGAGAAGCAUGCUAUUAAUAUAGUUGACUAGGACUGACUUUGGAGACUUAUUAGAAAUGAUAAAUGUUAAAAAAUGCAGUUGGCUUUUUCUAUUUAUGAGCCUUAAUAGUAAUUCGGUAGUAUAAUGGUACAAUAAUUCUGGCGUUAAUAAUAGUGAUCAGUACUGACAGCUACCCCUUUCACCUGUGGAACUUUGUAAAGUAUGUUUUUUUUAAAGAAUUUUAGAAUUUAGAACAAUAUCUGAUAUUUAAUAAACUUUUCAACAAUG